AUGUGGCACAUCCCACCAGCAAAAAAUAGCUUUAUUUAUGCAAAGUUCAAAUUAUUGAAGGCUACUAAUGAUAAUUUUGGAUCAAAGUAUGACAUUUUGGAUGUUUAUCAAACAAAGUGGAAUGGUUCAAAGUUAAUGAAAGUUAAACAGGCUAGCCUCAGAGGUAAUGUUAAUGUCCCUGUGGAGCACUUUAGAUUUUCAUCCUCAAUUAAUGGCGGACUUUUAUUCAAACUUUCUUCAUAUUAUAAACUUUUUUCGGACAAUAGUCGCAGAUUUGGAAUUAGUUUUUCUCGACGAUCUGAAGAUGGUAUUCAUCAUCCAUGUCCACAACCUUUUUAUUUCGCAACAAAUUCUCCUCAACGUCUUCCAACAUUUCCUCUUGGAUAUUUACAGACAUGCAUAUUCUCUAUAAAUUCUACACUAGAAAUAAAGCUUACAAUCAACAGUGCCAGCAGAACUUCAAAAUUUGGAUUAAAGGUACCAACUGCUAAUACGAAAAAUCGAGUUGGAUUGCUGUCCCUCGAUUCAGGGCCCUACGCUCCAAAAUAUGGCCUAAUCCGUUCAGCCAUCCAACACCUAUCGUUUAGUGCGAAUUUGUUGUUGUCCAUUUCCUUACUCUUACUUUUUCUUUCGCUAAUGUUUAGAUUAAUUAGCUUAUAG